UUCUGCGCUGGGCUGGGCCAGGCGGUGCCCUCGAUGGUGGCGCUGACCACUGCGCUGCCCAGCUUCGCAGAGCCCCCCGAUGCCUACUACGGACCCCCGGAGCUCGCCGCUGCCGCCGCCGCCGCCUCUACCGCCUCACGAAGCAAUCCCGAGCCCGCGGCCCGGCGCACGGAGGGAGCGCUGGACGCCGACGAGCUGCUGCCGGCGCGCGACAAAGUGGCUGAACCCCCGCCGCCCCAGCCACCGCACUUCUCAGAGACUUUCCCGAGUCUGCCGGCAGAGGGGAAGGUGUACAGCUCUGAUGAGGAGAAGCUGGAGGCCCCAGCAGGAGACCCCACAGGCAGCGAACAGGAGGAAGAGGGCUCAGGCGGUGACAGCGAGGACAGCUUCCUGGACAGUUCUGCAGGGGGCCCAGGGCCUCUUCUGGGACCUAAAUCGAAGCUGAAGGGAAGCCUGGGGACUGGCGCUGAGGAGGGGGCACCAGUGGCCACGGGGGUCACCACUCCUGGGGGGAAAAGCCGAAGGCGGCGCACUGCCUUCACCAGCGAGCAGCUUUUGGAGCUGGAGAAGGAAUUUCACUGCAAGAAAUACCUGAGCCUGACAGAGCGUUCCCAGAUCGCCCAUGCCCUCAAGCUCAGUGAGGUGCAGGUCAAGAUCUGGUUUCAGAACCGCCGGGCCAAGUGGAAGCGCAUCAAGGCUGGCAAUGUGAGCAGCCGUUCCGGGGAGCCCGUGAGAAACCCCAAGAUUGUGGUGCCCAUACCUGUGCAUGUCAACAGGUUUGCUGUGCGCAGCCAGCACCAACAGAUGGAGCAGGGGGCCCGGCCCUGAUGGGGGUCCUGGGGUCCAGAAGGCAAAGGAUCAGCACCUGUGCCUGCCCACGACUCCCUGGGGGCUGCCGACGAGAGGGGCGUGGUGGACCCUGCUGGGGAGAGGUCAGCUGUGCUCCUGGAUUGCAGACUGGAGUGCGUGGCCUGGGACUGCUCUGGAGACCUCAGAACUGGCGGUCUCAGUGGUGCAGGGUUCAAAUGCUGAUCUCCGAGAGCUUCUGGAGCAGAAGUGGACUCCUGGGGCAGGGGUAUGAAAUGCCCAGGACCUACAGGGUUCCAUGGCUAAGGCCUGAGGGGGCAGCUUCUAAUAGAGGGGAGAAGGCCUGGGUGGCACCGGCCUGGGGCCACAGUUCCUUAUUUAUUUUGUGUAAAGUUUGUAUAUAUGGAACUAUUUUGUCUUUUGUCUGUCUGUACCCCAAAGGGGGACUGGGAAAACUGCUUCCUUGAGCUUCCCUCCAUUAGUCUCACCCUGCUACCGCUUUGUGAAGGCGCCAUCUCGCUGCUCACUAUAAGGACAUGCAAAGACAUGAGAUGGAACUGUCAUGGCCAAAGUGGGGGGUUCUUCAGCAGCCCCCCCUUCCACUCUUAAGCAUCCCUCCACAGUGCAUCCCACCCACCCCACCCCUCCCGUCACCACUGGGCUACUCUGUCCCCACUUCCUGUGAAGAGGCCGACUUUUCUGCUCCUGGCAUCUUCUCUCUGGGAGAGGUGGCACACUUCGGGGAGAAACUCCCUUCAGUCCGCACUGAGGGGAGACCCCAGUCUGCCCUGGAGAACAUCCAGGUCACCUACAUAGAGGACACCGUCCUGUCGGUAACGAGGGCAGGACAGGAGGCCCAUCCCACCACCUGAGCUGAUAGAGAGGCACACAGCCUCGUCUCGGCCUUCAUUUGCUCUCUCUCGUGUGCCAAGGCCUGGGGCAGAGGCCCCCAUUGCCUCUCUGCUCUUGCAACCUUAGCUGCAUUUUCUCCUGUCCGUUACGUUUUGAAGGGUUAGGCUCCCACCAGCCUCAGAGAUUACGGGCAAAGUCAAUCCGUGGAGCCGGGCUCUAGAUACCCGCAGUCGCUGGAGAAAGGAGACAGAAAGAAGCGCACUGUGGCUGCUGCUGGGGUAACUAGCUUUUUGGGGAGAAACAUGACCUGUAUGGACUAGAGAAGAGUGGAAAACAGAAAAAUGGACAAGCUGCAUCAGGCGGUCACCCACCAGGGAGGAUCAGAAGCACUUGCACGCCUGGCCUGCCCGACAGGCCACUCCGGCCACUGGUGAGCCCCGGAGGGGCCAAGGAGUCCGAGUCACACCGUUAGGUGUUGAAUGCCUCUUAGGAGACCAAGACAGUCUGUCCUUGGCAGUUCAUUUCUCCCAAGCCAACUCUAGCGAGGACACGGAGCUAGAGUAGGCUGGCUCUUUCUCCCGUCCUGGGAAGUUCAACUUCAGGAAGGCUGACAAUUUAACCUUGAAUACGCAGUCCAGGUCCAGCUCAUUCCCAGCAAGGUGUGGCUCACAGUCGAGGCUAGGACCCCUUAUGCUUGGCCUACACGGAAGUCAAGGCAGAGGCUAAGCUGCUACCUCUGCAGCUGAGCUGGAUGGAGUCCAGGUUCUGUGCCGGGGGAGCAAGCACUGGGCUGGAAGGUGGGGGAGGGGCGGCAUCCAGGCUUUUGGCUUUCGGUCAAGCUCCAACUGUGCUAAGCAGCGCGAGGCAGCCCAAGCAGCUUGUCUUUAGGGAGUCUGGAGCUAGCCCACAUUGGUCCCAGGGAACCCAGUCCUGUACCUACUCAUGACGCUGUCCAGAUUCCGCCCCGUGUGAGCCUCUUGACAGACUUGAAAAGGGGGAUGUGGGUGAAACAAUAAAAUCUGGUUUCCUCUCAA